AUGGAACAACUAGUUGCUCAUGGUGGAAACUCCACAAGAAACAUUCCCGUGGACCUCAUCGUUGAGAUACUCUCUCUGCUUCCUGUAAAAUCAAUCAUACGAUUCCAAUCAGUGUCGAAACAGUGGUUCUCCAUCAUCCGCAGCAAAGACUUGUGGGAGACGUUUCUGACUAGGUCAAAGACUCGGCCUCAUCUCCUUGUAGUCCUCGAGAUCUUUCCACCCGGAAAGCUUCUCUUGUUCUCGGUUCCUGAACACAAGGAAGACAGCAAUGAUAAAACCCCCACAGCCAACUCCAGACAAGACAUGACCCGCUCGAAAGACGACUACUACCACUUGAGCUCUCUCCCUGUCAACGGCUUUGUCUCCUUCACACAUAUUUUUUAUUCAACAAUAUUUUGGAACUCGAUCACCGUUUGUAAUCCCAUCACUAGACAAACGGUGAAACUCCCCGACAUUGGAAACAAUGGAAGAAAAGUGUAUCCAUUCCUCGGGUACGAUCCAGUGGAAGAUCAAUAUAAAGUGUUGUGUGUGAUGAUGUACACUGAUCGACUAGAUAACAAACCGGAGCAUUACGUUUGCACAGUGAGUUCAUCUGAGAAACAAGAGUGGAGAAACAUUGAGAACACCACAGUUGAUUACGACGGCUAUGUCAGCCAAGGGAUAUGCAUUGAUGGUGCUAUAUACUAUGGAGUUGGAAAGUCAAACAUAGUUAAAUUCAAUGUUAGGUUUGAGAAUAUGCAGAUGAUAAAUGCACCUAAAGAAUCAAACAUCUCGAGAACGUGCAAUUCCACUCUUGUAAAUUACAAUGGAAGAUUGGGAGGUGUAGAUUUUGAUUAUUCGAAACAAGAGAUGAACUUGUGGAUUCUUGAGGAUGUUGAGAAGCAGGAAUGGUCUAGAAAGGCGUUUAAGUAUCCUUGUGAGUGGAAAGGCUUUCCGGUUCUACUAGAUUCUAAUUAA